GUUUUGAUUAACCAAAGCAAAGAUGUGGAUCCUUCAAAACCUGCUGUUCACCCUUUGUAUUGCUCUGAGAUAUGUGACCAGUGCAGUAGGGGUGAUCCAUGUGACUGGAUAUGUGGGGAGUGAGGUUAACGUUUCCUGCUCCUAUGAUGAGGGUUACGAGCCUUAUGAGAAGUAUCUGUGUAAGAACGACUGUGGAAACAGUGAUGUUCUUAUUAAAACAUCGGAAUCAAGGAAAAACAAAUAUGGUAUCCAUGAUGACAGAACAGCACGAAUCUUCACAACAACCAUCUCUGAUCUUCAUUCUGUGGAUGCUGGGAAAUACUGGUGUGGAGUGAGCAGAAUUGGAAAAGAUAUCUACACUGAAGUUGAGCUGAAAUUAAUGCCAGACAGCUGCUGUGACAAUAUGACCAAGCUUGAAAGCUAUGAGGGAUACUCUGAGUCUAUCAGUUGUCCAUACGAGAUUCAGUACCAGAACAAUUUGAAGUACAUCUGCAGAGGAAAUCAGCCCUCCACAUGUCGUCGGCAGGCACUAAUCACCUCUCAUAGCAGACAACAUGGGCGAUUCAGACUUGAUGAUGACAAAGUGUCAGGAAAAUUCACAGUGACCAUUAACAAUUUGGUCAAAACUGAUUCAGGAUCAUACCUCUGUGGUGUCCAAAGAAACUCUGAGCUGGAUGUUUUCUCUGCUGUUGAGCUGGAAGUCAAAGAAGCGGUGCACUACGCAGCUUACGCUGUUGUCCCUGUGGUUUUACUAAUAUGUGUCCUAGUUAUUAUUUAUAAGUACAAAUGUUACAACGUGAGAGCAACUGAAGCUGUCAUGAGCAGAAAUACACCCAAAGCAGAGGAUGUGAUAGAUGCAGACAAAGGUGGAAUUUAUGGAAAUCAAGAAUUUGUGGUGACUUUCAAACAGCAAAGCGCCUUGAACAACUUUGAUGAUCCAGGUGGAGAUGAACCAGAUUACGAAAACUUUACAACUGAAGAAUUCUACUGCAAUGAAAAUUACCAUAAAGCUAACAGAAGAUAAGUAUGUACUGUGGGUCUCAAUUGUAUGCAGAUCCUGUUUGAUUCAUCCUUAACAUGAGGUGCUCAAAAAAUGUACCUCUGUUGUUCAACACUGUCACUGUCUUGUGAUCAAUACUUCAUUACUAUCAUGAAAAACACCCUGUGAAUAUUUAUAGAUUAAAUUCAUAAAUGUAAAAAUAUUUCUUUCACUGAUGGACAUCAUGUCACGGUCCUGGGGUCGGUGACCCAAUGUUUCUGAGUUUUGUACCUUUUUCGUUUGGAUUUCCUCAUGGUUUGUCACUGUAGUGUGUUUUUCUCACUGUGUCUAGCUCCCUAGCCUUUUAGUAUUUCCUGAGUCCAGUCCAGUGUUUCCUGUUUUACUUUGAUAGUCCCUGUCCUGUGUGUAGUGUGUCUAAUUUUGCUCCCCCUUGUCUCAUCAGCCUGAUUUGACCCAGCCUGUUUCUCUGUGUCAGUGUCGCAUCGUUAAUGUCUGCUCACCCUCAUUCCCCACUGUGUUUUCCAUCUGCCAGUUUAGUUUAGUCACGUUACCAGUUUUGCUAGUUUUCUGUUUUGUUCUCUGUCCAGCAAUAAAGCUGAGUUGUUCAAGUUCAUUUUUCCCUCAGCGAGUCCAGCUCUUGGGUCCACCACUCCUGCCUGCCUGCA